GCAUGGCUGUGUUCUGUGAUUCUGAUUAUCGCCAUCUUACCGCACGUAGCAGACCAUUUUAGGGCUAUUAGCAACCGUGGUCUUCUAGUGUGGGGUCACUGCGUUGUAUCCAAAAUGAAGUCUAUCCUGGACAACAACGCCCCAGAGCUUUCUCUAUCAAGUUAACACAAGAUGCACCACUCAGAAGUCAGGGAAGGAGAACACUCAUCACAUUCCGGUAGACAUGGUCACUCUUACGAAGCAAGGUCGGAAUAUGAGCAUGAAGGUGCUCAGCAUAAGUACCACCAGUGGCAUGAGCACUUUGAGGAUUCCGACCAGAUCAACAUGCACAAUGAGCACUAUGUGGGGCUGCGUUCCCGGGCCAACGAAGAAGGAGAUAAAAUGGCGCAAUGCUUUCAAGAAUCUCACGAAGCAUAUUCUAACCAUGACGGCGCCUUAGCAAAGGAAUUAUCAGAGAAAGGAAAAGAGCAUGAACGCAACAUGGAAAGGCUGAAUGACGAAGCCAGUGAAUGGAUAUUCAAAGAGAAUAAUUCAGACAGGAAACCUGGCGAAAUUGAUUUGCACGGGCUAUUUGUCAAGGAGGCUGUCGUUUAUACCGACAGAGCCAUCCAAGUAGCGCGACAGCGCGGGGACUCACAGAUUCAUCUCAUCGUGGGGAAAGGCUUGCACUCUCCUCAGCACAUUGCCAAGAUCAAGCCCGCUAUGGAGGAACUGAUGCAAAAACAUCAGUUGCUCGCCGAGGUGGAUCCUCAUAACGCAGGAGUGCUAAUUGUACAUCUUGAUGGUCAACAGCGCGAAGUCGAAACACGGGGCGCUGUUGUUGGAACAGAUGAUAUUGCGCGAAGACUCCAGGGAGAGGAAGACACCGGGUGUACCAUCAUGUAAGCUGAGGUCGGACCUGUGUCUGUGAACUGUGUACUGUCAAUGUGUAUAUCCAUAUUUUGUAUCAUCUUGGUUUUUGUAGUUUUGUGCUGCAAAGGAUUCAAGGACACGCAUGUACGUGACUUUCAAGUU